AUGUCAAUUCAAACAUCCACAUUGAAAGACUCAUUUGUCCCUUUGAAUCAAAUAAGAAGACCGAUUCCGCCAGUAUUGGACCACCAAAAGAUUGAUGCGAUGGUGUCAACUUUGAAGGGCACACCAAUGGCUUCCGCUACUUGUGCAAUCGAAGAGAUUCUGUCAGGCGAAUUGCCCCCAAUUGAUGUCUUCAGAGUCAGGGAAGAAGGCAAAGAUUAUUAUUUUGCAUUUGGGGGAUGUCACAGAUUCCAAGCUUAUGAUAGGAUGAACAGCGAAAAAGAAAAUGAUGGACCUGUUAUGGUCAGAUGUAGAUUAUUGCCUGCUACUAGAAAGACGUUGAAACUUUACUUGGGGGGAUCGGUCGAUGAAAUGUUCCAGUAG